UUUGUCUAAACUAUAAACUUAUAUGCAUACAGGGCUUAAUGAGUAAUUGAAAAAAAAUUGCAUUUGGGUCAGCUUGUUUCGAUUAAUACAUUUCUGUGUGCAAUUCAAAAGCCGUUUGAAAAUCAACUUCUGAACAAAAAGAAGCCACAAUUCAUAUGAUUAGGUAGACGCACAUGUGUAAUAGUUGUUCAGUUUGCUUUGUGAAAUUUUUUGUUCUGUUGUUACAUAUAAAAUUUUCUUGCGGAAAGCAUCAUAAUCAAUUCAAGUUAUGGAAAAUUUAGAGGACGUCUGCACUAGUGGCCGGGUUACAAGGUCCUUACGAAAACGUUUAACAUCAGUCGACAGUAAUGAUGCCGGAAGCCGACCGUCUACGCCUCAGUUAGCAAAGCUCGUUUCCAUACCUGAAUCAAGUUCCCCAUCUCGCUCUUUGCGAGCAACCAGACGCAACUCUGCAACUGGUAAUAGCACACCUUCAAAAACGUCAGCAAUGCCUAAAACUUCCACUAUUUCCGAAUCACACGAUGUUGAAAUCAAUGCUUCUAAGCGCAACGUAAGAAGGAGCAGCGUUUCUGGAACAGAUUCGCACACGUCAAAGAAAGUUAGUCAAGUAGAUAUUGCCACAGCGAAAAUUAGUGAGUUGCCCGGAGAGGACUACGUUUUGAAAACGAUAACAACUCCAGCCAGACGUUCUACAAGAUUGAUCUCUAAGUCUCCGUCUAAUUUGGAAGAAGAGGGAACGGCACCUUCCGGUCCACCCAAAACGAGGUUACAGUCUAAGUCUCCUCCACAUCUAGAUACUUCCUGUACAACUAAGACGAUUAUACCCGGCCCGAAAUCUAAACGUGACAAACAAGAAAGUGAUAGCGAUUCUGAUGUUGAAGUAAUCAAUCUAAAAGAAAAUCCAGAAACAGAUGAAAAGGCAGUGAAAACUCCAAAAAGAGUAUCAUCCAGGCUUAAAAAAUCACCGAAUAGUGCCUCUCCUAAAAAUAAUGAAAAUAAAGAAACUACAGUAGAAUCUUUGAAAUCACCCGGCCCGAAAUCUAAACGUGACAAACAAGAAAGUGAUAGCGAUUCUGAUGUUGAAGUAAUCAAUCUAGAAGAAAAUCCAGAAACAGAUGAAAAGGCAGUGAAAACUCCAAAAAGAGUAUCAUCCAGGCUUAAAAAAUCACCGAAUAGUGCCUCUCCUAAAAAUAAGAGGCCAAUAAUUGAAAGCAUUGAUUUAUCGGAAGAAACUGUUGAUUCUCAUGUUAAUGGGGGUACAGAAGAAUGUUUAAUUUUACAAGAAGAUGAGAAAGGUAACGUGGAUAGCAUUAAAGCUAGAGACUCGAUAAAAAUUAAAUCUAAAAUAAGUGAAAAUAAAGAAACUACAGUAGAAUCUUCGAAAUCACCCUUAAUAGAAACAUCGCCGUUGAAAGAAAACAAAGAAGAGUCGCUUCGUCUGGAAUUGUCUGAAGAUGAUAAUAAAGCCGAAACUGAUUCCACUACUAAAACACCCGUGAAGUAUACAUCACCUAAAAAAGCUCUAAAUUCAAGUCAGAACGGGUCGUCUGUUCAAAGCGUUGUAAUGUUGCAGAGAUUAUCGCCUGAUGUAAUUAAAAAACUUUGUGGCGAAAAUAAUACAGAAGUCCCACCACCAAACGCUAAAUCUGUUGCAUUUAAUGGUAUUGAAGAAGACGAUGCUGUAAAGAGUACAUAUCCUAAAACUCCAGCAUCGAUCAAGAGCAAAAGCUAUAUUUCAAUGGAUUCUUCAGAAGGCACCGAAGAAAAGUCUUUCGAAACUGAAAAAGGAUUAUCAUCCAGCUUUAAAGAUGAUAGUGCAUUAGUUGAAGAAAGUAAAGAACAGACCGAUUUCGAAAUCCAGACGAAUCAAUUGAAAGAAUCUGUUGAGUUACCUGCUAUUUCCAAUGGUGAUGAGGAAGAGAAUAUGGAAAAUGAGGUAGAAAUGAUUCAAGAUUAUACACCUCACAAACAAAAGCUACACACGAAUUUGCAGAGCUCGACUCCGAUGGCAAAUUCAGUAUCAACAUCCAAAACUGAGCCGGUAGAAAAUAUUAAGACGGCCGAAGAGAAAUCGGAGAACUUUACAACUUUACCGGAAACGUCGCCAACUAAAUCGAUACAGGCAUCGAAUAAUUGCGCUGAGAUUAGUUUCAAUCAUGAAAAAAUACCCCGUCCCCCAAUAAAGGAAGAUGAAGCUGCUACUGCUACUUUACCCCAUCAGCAACAAGAUUUGUCGGCAACAACCGAUAACAACGCGACAAUAACCGCAGAUGAGCCCAACAAUUUAAAAAACGAUGAGAUCGCAGACGAUUUGUUUUCUAAAUCCUGGACACAAAAUGUAAGUGGGUGUGCAACAUCCGCUGGGAAAAUUGAUACAAUCCAUUCCAUUACGUCCGAAAAUAAAAUCAAUCACGAAGUAGUAACUUCUGAAAAUUUAGAAGUAGAAGAAGAACCGAAAAUUUCAACUACUACAUCCCCGAAAAUCAAAAAUAACGAGGAAAGUGAAGAAGAAGAAGACUCGUUCCAGAAAUUAGAAUUUGUAGACGAUGAGGCAAUGGAGGCACCCAUUGAUUACGAAAGUGGAGAUUCGAUGUCCGAAGAAGAACGAAAAGAAAUGGAAGAAAAUGAAAUUGUAGAUCUAGGUGAAUCAAUUGGUAGUGAAGACACUGAAGGUGAUAGAAGUUAUGAGGAGUGUGAUGAAGAAAACGAUUCAUUUAUUACUUCUGAUACCCACGAAUCGUUACUUGAUUAUUCCGAUGAUGAUGAUGAGCAUUGUAGUUAUCAUUCCGAAAAUUCUAAACCAUCGAAGGGUAACAGUCACAUUUUGGUAACCAGCGAAAGUGAAGGUGAAGAAAAUUCGUCUAAGGAAGAAGUAGUUAAUGGUAUUUUGAAAAAGAAGACAAAGAGAUUAAACAGAUCGAACAGAAGAAGUCGUAUUUUAGACCCAAGUGAAAGUGAAAAUGAAGAAAUGUUAGAAUCGAAAUCAAAAAAGACAAACCAAAGUAUCCAAAAUAGUUCCCCGAAACCGAGUAAACCUCUUAAUUUCGAUGUUAGUAGGAUGAUCGACGAAACUACAGAAGAAGAAACAAGCGGAAAUGAAAAUUUUUCGAAGAUACAAAGUGUGCCCGAUAAAACUGAUAAAUCUAAAGAAACUAAUUCAAGUGAUCAAACAAUAAAUGGAAAAUAUACUGAGGAUAAUGCAAAUAGUGCUCAAAGUGAAGAUGGAAAUGAGUCGAAGGAUAAGAGAGAUAACAACAAAAAUGAGCUUACAGAAAGGAAUAUUACUAGCUUGAUUCAAGGCAGUGAACAAAAAGCUGAUAACGAAAGCUCAAAAGAUAUCAACACUGACUUGGACAAAUUAGAUGAAUCAAAUUCUGGUAAGGUAGCUGAGAAGACAGGGUCGUCACCAGUGAAAUCACAGAGUGACGAAAUUAUGGAAAAUAUAGCUGAGAAGACAAAGUCGUCACCAAAGAAAUCAGUGAGUGACGAAAUAAUGGAAAAUGUCAUGCCAGCCGAGAAAGCCAACGACACGAAUACUGAUAUAAAUAAAAAUGAUUCAGCUAAUGAGUCUAAACUGAAUAUCUCUAUAAACAGGCAAAACGAGAGUGAUGAAAUCAACAAAAUAAAUAAUCUUAAUGACUCGAAAUCUGAAAAUGAAAUAUCCGAAAAUGAGAAUGGUGAAGGUGAAUUUGAAGAUAUUGAAAUACCAGAGACUCAGGAGGUCGACCAAGUAGUAAAAGAUGAUUCCUCAGAUGUAUCACUUGCUGAAGAAUCUGCUGAUGAAAAUGUCAUUGAAGAUACGGAAUGUGUAUUGAGUGAAAUAUCGAAGCCGAAAAUUUCUGAUUUAAGUGUGUCCUUUUGUCAGACAAAGCAAAAGCGAAAGAGUAUUGGGGCAAAUAAUAGUUUGCAUCAUAACUCAUUUACAAUUGGGGUAAGUGUAAUUAGAAAAGAAAACGCCAAUCAAAUAGAAGAAUCGGAUUCUACAGAACCCAAUGAGAAGAUAUGUACUGUCGACAACAACUCAAGCGAAUCUGGAACAGAUAACACUGCCAAAACUAAUGAUGCUCAAGUAGAUAAAGAGGAGGAGGAAGAACUCGAAAAACUAUUGCAUUUCGAUACACAAUUUUCUAAUCUAAGCAGGAAACGGAAAUCAAUUGCUUCAAUAAAUCCACAGAGUACCAAUGAGCACUCAAAUAGCAAGAAACCAAGACGCCAAAGUCUGCAGCGUAUUUCAAAGGAAGAAUUUAAUCCAUCACAAUCGCUGAUUGAAAACAUUGAAGAUCGUAAACGUGAAUUGCAAACUCAAAGAGACGCGGUAAAAUCGCGCUUAUCUAAAUCCUUCUGUGGAGCUAUGCAAGAGGAGUCAAACGCCUUUGCGUCUAGCAGCGCUUCAGACAUUUCUAGUAACGAAUCAGAAAAUAACAAGAAAGUGGUAAAUUACUCCAAUACUUGUGAUUUGAAUACAAAUAAGAAUAGAAAGAAGGAUCUAGCGCAUAUUUCAGAGCGCUGUGACAAUAUUCUAGAGGCAGCCAAUCGAGCCAAAUUAGAAUCGAAGCAAAACUCUAAGAAGCGCGAGUUAAUAUUUCCAAAGUCGAAGAAAGGUUCAAAGCAUUCAGUUUUGAUGGACGAAGAAACGGAAGAGGAUACUUUAAUUGUUGAAGAUAUGAAACAUUCAAAAGAACAAAAAAUGUUGGCCUUGGAGCAGGCCUUCGAGGCUUCAGCCAAAAUUUUAUUGAAUGAGGGUGGUAGAAACAAAAAGGAAAAACUACAGAUCGAUGAAGAGGAAAGUGGAAGCAAACGCCUUCCUAUUGAAUUUUUGAAAUCAUUUUCAAAUUCCGAGUUGCAAACUGAAAUAAAAAAGAGUAAAGGUAAUAAAGAAACACAUCCAUCAUUUGUUCAACGCAUGAAUAGUGCAACAGGUGAAAUAAUAGAGGAACGACUUACUCCUCCGAAAAAGAAACGAGCCGUAUUUAAUAAAUUUGAACUACCUACUGGUACCGUAUUUGAGGAACCAAUCACACCGAAGAAAAAAACCAAAGUCGGCGAGUUCCGUGAGAGUCCCAUAACUCCACGUACCCUUGGUUUUAAAGUACGACAUAUACUAACUGCUGGUCAGGACCAAGCACCGGAAUUGAAAAAUUCUCGCCAACUUAAACGCAAGCAAAAAAUCGAUGAGCCCAAACAUGUAUUACCUAAACCUCAGUGGUCGCAGUCGGGUGUAUUUCUGGAAGAACAUUUGCCGUCUCUAAGUGAUAAAAAAAGGCACAAGUUUAAAGCAGUAAGUACAACGUAUAACUGUGAACCAAGUGCCGGGACUGCAACCCUAAAUGCCUUGCACUUCAAAAAGUCUACUAUGUUUCGGAAAAAUGUUCCGAGAGAAUCAUCGAAUGAAUUGUUAAAGCGUAAAGAGCGUCAGUAUGCUCGUAACCACUUUUAAGUGGGAAACUAAAACCAUGAUAUUCGUACGUAAAACAUAUUAUUUGUUAGCAAGUUAUGAUUAAUUUAUACAUUUUAUAUGUCCUUAUGCAUACGUCACAUCAUUAAUAAAUGCCAUUUUCAUAUUUGAA